CAGAGAUCCUACUUGCAACAAAACUAAGGCAAAAACAAAGCAAAGAAGAUCCCACUGCAGGCCAGAGAAAUAAACCCACACCACCCCCCACCAACCUCAUCGUAGCCCACACCUCCAACCUUACUUACCAUUUCCCAUACUUCUGUCCCCUUCCGUGGAUCUACUGCCAAAACGGCCGCGCUGGCCUCCCAAAAGGUUCAUCGCCACACACCACUCACUCACUAGCUCAACCACGAACCCGGUAUCACCGCUGCUCAGCGUCGCCGCCCUACCGGCCAUUAGCCUGUUUCAGUAUUACACCGUAUCCAUCCAUCCACAAUGUUAUCUGUCAGCCGCAUCCUCCUGGAUCCGCAGGAGAACAUAUACGUCAACUGCCAGACUAUGCCACCUUCAAAUCUACCCAACGAUGAUCCCGACUCAGCAGCAGCAUCAAGGGAGGCCGCCCUCGACUCCCCACGCACUACCAACACUAUAGCCAAGAGUCACCAUAAACCCAAGGGCCAACACGAUCACGGUGGGCUCGACAUGGAUGAGAUCGAUCGUACCAUGUUCUUCACUCCCUCGGAGCGCCAGACGGUGUCGUGUGGUGCUGUCGCUAUCGACCUGCGGCGUGGCCGUAUUCUGAGCUUGUACAACAAGAAGCUCGGCAUUGCUCAGCUGCCCAAAGGUCGAAAGCAGAUUGGCGAGGGUCACAUCGGCGCUGCCAUCCGGGAGACCCUCGAGGAGUCGGGCGUCCGGGUCCGCCCACUACCCCUCAAAGUGUGUACCAGGUCGUCUGCUGCGCCCCUAGAGCAACAGAGUCAGCACCGUGAGCGGCAGCUUCCCGCCGGUGUUGACGACAGUAACAUGCCCACUCCGCCCGCAUCCGCCAAGGCCCCUUCGGUGAAUAACGAGGAUGGAGCCGGUGGAAGUGGUGGGGGCUCGGCACCAGGCAGUGUUGGCGACCGCAGCAGCAUGUACGCCGAAUCCGUAGUGACCGAGUGUGCCGCUGCACCACGCACCGAGCAAGCAACUCCCGCCAACGGCAAGGCAUCCCCGGAAUCUCGCCGCCGCCACACACAGUGCUGCAGCCCGGACACGGACGUGACGUCGGACGUCUUCAACAACGAGUUCAUCGGAGUGGUGAGGUAUCCCGACCCGCAGAGCCAGACUCCCGGGACGCUCAAGUCAAUAUACUGGUUCGCGGCCACGUUCGACCUUGAAGAGCUGGACCGCGGCGGCGGCAUCGACGCAAACGUUCAGGAGCACGAAAAGUUUGUCGUCUGCGCCUACGGUGUGCGCGCCACCAUAGAUUCCCUGCGCUUCCAGGCCGAGAAGGAUGCUGUGCGCAAGCUGGUUGCCGAUCUUUCCGCCAGCGGGAUCCGCAUCGGAGGGGAAGGGGAGGGAUCGGACGCUAGUGAUGAGUGCUACUAUGGCUACGAGAGUGCCAGUCUGGCUGUUGGCGGCGAAAAUGGCUGGAGGGGGGAGCAAGAGCAGCAGCAAUGUUCAGGCUAAUAUCUUUUAAUGUCUAUCUCGACCCUUUCCGCUUAGUCUAGGAACAACAUAGCGCGUGGCACAUGGGUAACAAACAGGCGUAUAUCACGGCAUUUCCUUUCGCCAUCUCCUGA